AUGACGGCGCCGUGUCUUGCGGCAAAGAGGAGGAGCAACAUGACGUUUGGGCUGAAAGCUUGGAGGAGAUGUGCCGCGUCUCUGUUGGUUUUGCUGAGUAUUGCCCCCGCUAACUUUCUUUUCGAGAGCGAAGGCAGACAGUCCGCACUUCGUUGGGGCAGAAGGCAGAGUGUAUUGUGGACCUCGAUGCUGUGUGCAGAGGAGGCCCAUGCUAUUGGGGUAGCCCUCGACUACCGGAAGUUGGAAGAGAUUGAUCUCUCAUCCAGGAAGAUUGUUGGUGAUAUCAAUUCCGAAAAGGUUCAGAAGGCACUGGGCACCAUAAAAGAUGCCAAGCAGAAGACAGAAGCUUUAUUCAGGGCAUACAGGGAGGAUGUGACUGUCAGCUUCAAGCCUUACUUAACUCCGAUUCCAGAAAUGAGAGAAGCGUUGGAAGAGCUCUACGAGCUGUUUGACCCGGAUUCGAAGCGAGAUGUGGAGCGUAUUGGCAGGUUGCUGCUUUCAGCAAGGUACAAGUUCAACGAGGCACGAAGUGCUGACCCAAAGGCCACUGACUAUGAGUUGAUGGUCAGCAACAGCGUGUUGUUGAGCGACAAGAAGGAGAAGGCCAAAUUUGAUACCUAUUUGCAGAAUUUCCUGCAAAUAGCAGACAAAUUCCUCUUAUUUAUUGAAUGA